AUGGCAAGUACUUCGAAUGAAAUUUAUUCAUCUCGUAAAAAGCUAGCAUUACUUUUUUAUGUCUGUUUUUUUCAGAUUUUAAUUGGGAUAUGUGCGAUGAAACGAAAGGCUACAAGCAAGCCGAUGCGUGAAAUUAUGGCAAAAAUUGCAGAAUAUUAUCAGGACUGGCUGGAUGUUUUUGUUUUCCCAGAAGAAGUUAUUCUUAAUGACCCUGUAGAGUCAUGGCCAUUGUGUGAUUGUCUGAUAAGUUUUCACGCGACUGAUUUCCCUCUACACAAAGCUAUAGAAUACGAACGUCUUAGGCGACCGUAUGUUAUUAACAACCUGAACAGACAAUAUGAUUUGUUGGACCGAAGGAAAGUAUUCAAAACUCUAGCUCGCGCAGGCAUUGAGCAUCCGAGACAUGGGGUUUUGGUCAGAGAUAAAGAUGGAAAUGUUGGUAGGCGUUGGAAAGAAGGAGAGUUAAAAGAAUUCAACGAUCAUAUCGAGGUAAAUGGGAUGGUUUUUAAUAAACCUUUUGUGGAAAAACCGUUGUCUGCAGAGGACCAUAAUGUUUAUAUAUACUACCCAAGUUCUGUAGGGGGUGGUUCUCAACGUCUGUUUAGGAAAAUUAAUAACAGAAGUAGCUGGUAUUCACCGGUUAGCACUGUACGGCGUGAGGGGUCGUACAUUUAUGAGGACUUUAUACCUGCAGAUGGCACUGAUGUCAAGGUUUAUGCUGUCGGCCCAUAUUACGCCCAUGCUGAAGCCCGUAAGGCGCCUGGUCUUGAUGGGAAGGUUGAGAGAGAUUCUCACGGAAAAGAAGUUCGUUAUCCUGUCAUAUUAAGCAGUAGAGAAAAAAUGAUAGCGCGAAAAAUUGUUCUUGCAUUUGGGCAAACCGUAUGUGGGUUCGACCUUUUACGAGCUGACGGAAAAUCUUACGUCUGUGACGUCAAUGGUUUCUCCUUUGUGAAAACUUCGACUAAGUAUUACGAAGACACAGCGAAGAUUUUGGGGAAUGCCAUUCUUAGGCGACUGGCUUCAAGUUUGAGUAUACCAUGGCAAAUUCCAUACCAAGACGCUGUAAUAUUGAUUUUUGCAGAUGACCCACCUUUAGUAUCUACCCCAAGUGGGAAGAUAAUGGAAUUAAGGUGUGUUUUAGCUGUUAUUCGUCACGGUGACCGUACUCCAAAACAGAAAAUGAAGGUUGUUGUGACAGAUGAAAGGUUUUUUGAUUUGUUUCGUAAAUACAAUGGCUUUGAGAAGAACGAAAUCAAGAUGAAAAGACCACAACAGCUUUUAGAGGUUUUGGAAUUAGCGAGACAGAUACUUCAGGAGCAGCAGGUGUCAAGGUCCGAACUUACAAAAUAUUUGAACGGCAAAGCUGAAAAUGCUGCGAAUUCCAAAAGAGUUGAACAGCAACUUGAUCAAUGUGAAGAAAAUAUUAAGAAAUGGGAACAGAUACGAACGGUUUUAGAAAUGUAUGGUCAUUUCUCAGGGAUUAACAGGAAAGUGCAGCUGAAAUAUCUAAAACCGAGAGAACUCAAGAACUCAUCAGAUGGAGAGGAACAACAUCAACCUCCAGCUUUGAUGCUAAUUCUGAAGUGGGGUGGCGAACUCACAACUGCUGGAAAUCUUCAAGCUGAGGCGUUGGGAAAGCUCUUUAGAACUCUCUAUCCUGGAAUUCGUCGCACAGACGGGAAAAGUUGUCCGGAAGAUACUCAGGGUCUGGGAUUCCUUCGCUUGCACAGUACGUAUAGACAUGAUUUGAAGAUAUAUGCUUCUGAUGAAGGCCGAGUUCAGAUGACCGCAGCAGCAUUUACAAAGGGUCUCUUGGCUUUAGAAGGAGAAUUAACACCAAUCAUUAUGCAAAUGGUGAAAUCUGCAAACACCGACGGGCUUCUUGAUGACGACUUCAACGCAAGAGAGUGCCAAAAUGAGCUCAAGUCUUAUUUGCAUUCUGCUUUACAGGUGGAUAGAGAGUGGACUCGUGAGGAUUAUGAAAACAUUAAUCCAUCGAACUUACGCGGGAUUAAUAAUGCAAUGGAAUUCAUACGUAAUCCAAAGAAAAUGUGCGAAGAAAUUGCAGGAUAUCUGGAGAAGAUGGUGGACAUUAUCAAUUGGAAUAAGCAAAAUAAAACAAAUAAAACCUUGUACUUAAAUGAGACUUUCGACUUGGCGGAAAGACGAUGGGGGAAGGAGUUACGUGAAUUUAGACGUGUUGACAAAGGUGGUGAAGUUGAGUUUGACAUAUCUAAAAUUCCUGAUAUUUAUGAUAACAUUAAAUAUGACAUGGAGCAUAACCCUGAUCUUUGUGCGGACUAUGAAGGAGAGUUUGAAAGGAUGUACUUGUGCGUAAAAAACAUGGCUGAUAUUGUCGUACCUCAGGAAUAUGGGAUUAGUGAAGCUAGCAAAAUUAGUAUUGCGCAAAGAAUUUGCACACCUCUACUGAAAAAAAUACGUAGCGAUCUUUAUCGUUGCUUAGAAAAGUCAGACGAAGAAGACGAAAGUCAAACCCGUUUGGAUCCGCGAGCAUCCCAAGGAAUCGCAACUCCUCUACGCCACGUUAGAACUAGGCUCUAUUUUACUAGUGAAUCUCACAUCCAUACACUCAUGAAUCUGCUCCGUUAUGGAGGGUUGUGUCCUGCUGAUGACAAAAAGUGGCAAAGAGCUUUGCACUUUCUAUCUGGCGUUACAGAGUUUAAUUAUAUGACCCAAGUUGUUAUGAUGGUUUAUGAAGACAGUAGGGCGGAUAGCGAUAAGAAUGGAAUGGAUAGAUUCCACAUAGAAUUACUGUUUUCCCCGGGUCUUUACCCGUGCUUUCAAGCUGAAAAAGAAAGAAUUUAUGAGACUCGAUUUCCUCAUGAGUCGCCCCCUGUUAGCUGCUCGUUUGGUUUUAAAGAGGGUGAGAAAGAUCUGACAUCGUCAAAUGAGUCAACUAAUGAGUAUACUGUUGGGAAGGAUUCUGUCGAGGCCUCUGCCUUGACUAAGAAAAGUCAAGAGCUGAAAGACUUUGAUGAUGAUCUCAGUGAUGAAAGGGUAAACUUGGUAGCACUUGACGAAGUUGGAUCGAACCAGUAUACUUCAGAAGAGUUAGCUUUACACAGUCCUGUGAAUACAUCGCAUACUAGAAGAAGACAUGCUACCGGCGGAGAUGAGAAUGGAACAAGAGCACCACUGGAAAGCAGUUCUUCUAUUGGAGGUCUUGAGGACAACUGUAUAAGCGAAAGUGAAGUACGUCAUGUUGGUUUGAUGAAGUCUGCUAGUGACAUUUCCUGUGAAAAGAGUAUGCAGGAAGCAAACUGGAUCUCGAUCGGAGAUGAGAGGAGUUCUAGUGCUGAGGAACAAUUUAUACGUAUGUUUGCACAACUGAUUUAUUUCGCUCUUCUAGCUCACCAGCCCCGUUUUCCAUACAGAUUCAAGCAUCACACAGUUAAUCUGUUAACAGACUCGACUACUAAUCCCGCCGUGUUAUCAACGGCCGUCAUUGCGCGAUCUUCAAGUGCACCGAGACUGCAGACGUACAAAGCUGAAGAUGAUAUAUCGGUUGGAGAAAUUCGGAGAUUUUGGCCGCCACUGCGUUCUCUAGAAACACUUCAUGACAAUAUAAAGUUUGUGCAACUGGAUCAAUUUCUGGAGAGAUUAGUGACAAUGAGGACCCCUCUCCCGUCCCCUCCUAAAACGCCACAGCAACGAGAUACGUCAGGUGCGUAGGA